AUGGGAAAAGAAAUGUUAGAGGAAGGUGUAUCAAAUAAUAAAUAAAUGAGAGGAAUAAGUGAUACAUUAGAUAGUCGUUAUUGGAAAGGAGGAUAUAAAUCUAAAAGUGUUACUAGAGCAGCUGUUCAUGGAGUAUACCAUGCAGGAGUUGGUAUUUGUAAGCUUUACCAUGGUAAUGCCAAAGGUUUUCAUGCAGAACUGUGUAGAGCUGGAGAGCAAUUUGCAAAAAUGGGUGUAAAUAUUCUCAAUGAUUUAAAUAACAAGGAAUAUAUUGAGGAAGUAAUAGAGGAUUAUUUAUGA